AUGAAUCUCUCAAUGGACGGUGAAGGGAAAUUGACACUUUCGAGAAAAGAAUUCAAGAUUCUAUAUAACAAUAUUCUCCAGAAUCUUAUACAUCGACUUAGUCUUCGAAUUCCAUCAACAGAUCCACGCAUGGAUAUAGUAGCUAGAGAUUUGGAGAAUUACCUAUCACAAACGUUUCAAGGAUUGAUCCAGUCGCUCAUUAUUGAUGGUGAAGACUUGAGCUCAACUUCAAUACUUGAAGUUUUGAAAGUGGAUAGUCAUGACGAUAACGUCGAACCUUUUGAUUUGGCGACAAAUAACAAAUUGAGACAGAUUCUAAUACGCAAUGACGAGUUGGUGUUGGAGAUAUCCAAGUUGAAACGGUCUUUGUCUCUAAGAGCUCAGGAUAUAUAUCAGGAAUUUACACGGUCCGUGGAUGACCAAGUCUCGCGAAUUGUGGCAAAGAUAGAUCUUGAAGUUGAGCAAGAACAAAAGAGGGAAAAUGAACAGGAUUAUACUGAUAUUACUCAAUUCAAGUUUGACGAAAUUAAUAAGCCAUAUGAAGACUAUUUGGGGUUCGUAAACAGUUUGAAAAACAACUUGCCACUUUUGCAAUCGGAGUUUGAGAGAUAUGACAAUACUAUUGAUUUUUUGGAAAAAGCUCAUGAAGAGCAGAUGAAACAAAAAGACUAG